UAUGAUGGGGAUGAAUUGGACCAACCAGACUUACCAAGGCACCAAAGAUGUGGCAUUCCUUGCUAUUGGCCAAAGAGAGCUAAAGGCAGAGGCUGUGGAGGUUUUUAUUCUCCAUCACUUUCUGAUACUAUGAGGCGAAAGGGUAGUAUUAUUCUUUGUGGGAGUCAGACAUUGUAUAAUAAGAAGAGAUCGUCUAGUUCCCACAAGCAAAAAUACCUUUUGAAAUCUUCCCAGGGUUUGCCACAAAUGACUAGUUGUGAUGGGGGUGGUUCAUCAUUAGACACAGCUAGUGAUGAAUUGUCCACCGACUAUGGAGAGCUUGAUUUGGAGGCAUUGAGCCGGUUGGAUGGAAGGAGAUGGUCUAGCUGCAAAAGCCAUGAGGGAGUGGAAUUAGGCCAAACUGAAGUGGCAGAGCUGGACAUCACGGAGCAAAGAAGUUUGGGCCACAAGUACCAGCCAAGGUCUUUUGAUGAAGUAAUCGGCCAAAAUAUUGUAGUUCAGUCACUUACUAGUGCCAUAUUUAGGGGAAGAAUAGCCCCUGCUUAUCUGUUUCAAGGCCCACGUGGGACAGGAAAAACAUCGGUUGCAAGAAUAUUUGCUGCAGCCUUGAACUGCCUAUCUACUGAAGAAAACAAGCCAUGUGGCUGCUGUAGUGAGUGCACCAGUUUUUCUGGUGGAAGUGGAACAAAUUUGAGAGAAGUGGAUGCCACCAAUAGGAAGGUUAUAGACAGAAUUAGGUUAUUGGUAAAAAAUUUGGCCAUGGCCAAAACAUUUUCACGAUACAAAGUCUUUGUCAUUGAUGAAUGCCACAUGUUAUCUUCCAAAAUGUGGUCUGCCUGUACGAAAUUCCUUGAGGAACCACCACCUCGUGUUGUCUUCAUAUUCAUAACUAUCAAGCCAGAAAACUUGCCCCGCACUAUUGUAUCAUGGUGUCAGAGGUACAUUUUUUCGAAGGUUAAAGAUGCUGAUAUAAUCUUCCGGUUGAGAAAGCUUUCUGCUGCAGAAAACCUUGAUAUUGAAUUGGAUGCUCUAGAUUUGAUUGCAUUAAACUCGGAUGGUUCACUUCGGGAUGCAGAAACAAUGCUAGAUCAACUGAGUUUGCUAGGAAGAAAAAUCACCACUUCUCUUGUUAAUGAUCUAGUUGGGGUUGUCUCAGAUGAGAAAUUACUUGAUCUUUUGGAGAUAGCCAUGUCAUCAAAAACUGCAGAAACUGUCAAAAGGUCCAGAGAGCUGAUGGAUUCUGGUGUCGAUCCAAUGGCCCUGAUGUCUCAGUUAGCUGGGCAUAUGGACAUUAUUGCUGGAACUUAUCAGUUGGCCAACUUACAAUGUGGUGGUACAACCCUUGGCAGGCGAAGUUUAACUGAAGCUGAAUUAGAGAGAUUGCAACAAGCAUUAAAGAUUCUUUCAGAUGCUGAAAAGCAGUUAAGACAUUCAAGUGAGCGCUCAACAUGGUUCACUGCUGCUCUUCUACAGCUUGGCUCUGGCCAUAAUUUAGAAAUGAAUCGAUCAAGCAGCAUCAGCAAACACAACGCUAAAAAAUUUAAUGAUAAUGCAUCUGACCUGGUCAAAGACUCCUCACUUUGCAAGAACAACUCUUGUUCUUCACUUAUGCUCCAGGAAUCAAAUUUAGGUUUGAUUACAAGAUUGACCAAUGGUAAUUCGAGCCUUCAUGGCUCAUCAUCAUCAUAUAGAAUGACCAUGAAUGAGAACUUAAUCUGCGAUGUGUUGCCUGCAUAUAAUAGAUUUGUUGACAGAAGCUUCCUGGAUUAUACUCAGACAAAUGAUGCCUCAGAAAAAAGAGUUGUAAAGUGUGUAAGCCCUGACAAGUUGGCUGAGAUUUGGAGAAGGUGCAUCCAAAGAUGUCAUUCGAAGACAUUGAAAGAGUUACUUGGAGUUCAUGGAAGGCUAGUAUCAAUCACUGAACAUGGAGGCAUUUUGAUUGCUUUCAUAGCAUUCGAGGAUGAAAAUAUAAAAUCCAGAGCUGAGAGAUUCUUGAGAAGUAUUACAAACUCAAUGGAGAUUGUGCUGAGACGGAAUGUAGAGGUCAGAUUAGGUCUUGUGACUGAAACUUUCAUGUCAAACUCUCCAAUCAGCAACAAGACAGAAAAAAUCAGAAACUUGGAUAAGGAAAGGAAGGUAGAAUCGGUUAUUUUAAAUGAAUCUUCUGAUAAAGAUGGACUCAUAGGGAACCCCAACAUGGCUAGGAAAAGUUUGGAUCAUUCUGGAGGAAGGCUGCAGAGAACACAAGAGAAUAGCUUUCAGGUGGCAGACAAAGACUUGCACGUGGCAAUUUUUCCCAUGUUUUCUUCGGAAGGAAAUAAUGGAGCUAGCAGCAACACCAAAGAGAAAGGCCAGGAGGUUUUAGUGCAAAGGACCCACACAGCACCUACUGAUGAGCAAAGGUUGGAGAAUGCAUGGCUUCAAGCUGCACAAAAUUGUACACUUGGAAUUGUUAGUCUUCCAAAACCUGAAAAGAACCAAAUUCUGCCACAAAAUGGUGUCGGUUGUCAGAACCAAAAUCAGUCUUCAGCUGCACAGGAUAUGUCAUUAAAACAAUGGGAGGAUGAAUUGAAUCAUGGGAUAAGAACUUUAAAAAUCAGCUAUACUCAAGGGCACCACGAGGAACAAUUUGUUGGGAGUGUCAAUCACUAUGUCAUUUCUCCUAGUUUGUUACACACUAAUGACUGCAAUACCAAGUUUGACCAGGAGAACCUGGGGUACGAAUCAGGAUCUGGUUGUAACGGGCUCUUUUGUUGGAAAACUCACAAACCUCAUGGAGGAAAGGUGAAACAAGCAACUCCUGUACGGUCACAAAAAACUUGUUGCUUUUCAUUGUUUGGGCGGCGUGUGAAGUCGACAUCGACUGAAAGCAGAUUCGGGAAAUGAUUAAACAAAAUCAGAAAUAUAAAGCCUCUGAAGUGCAUUCUUCUUGCACCUUCACCUGUAUAUUGUCAUAGAGCCAUUCAUUCUUCACCUAUAGAAGGUAAUUGGAUGAGUCUCUCAUCUCUUCAGAUUUUGCUAGCUUGAGUCAUUUUCAAUGGGGAAUGCAAUAAAAAGGAUGGAAAACCAAGUUGAAUUCCUUACCAAUACGUUUGUUUUGUAUGGGUGGCUGAUCAAGUUGGUUAUUCCGAGCAGAAUACAUUUACUCUUCAAGCUGGAGACAGAUGGGGUAGUAUUUAACAUUAAUGAAUCGCUUUGUACUUUUUUUUUUUUUGUACCUUCUUGGUCUUAAAUUACCAUGUGCUAUGAUGGUGUUUGCAUCAUGGCAUGAAUCACCAAUUAAGAUGCAUUCUUAAAUUACCAUGUGCUAUGAUGGUGUUUGCAUCAUGGCAUGAAUCACCAAUUAAGAUGCAUUCUCUCCCUUA